CGCGCAGCCUGGGCAUCUCUGCCUUCCCGGCCGAUUUAUGGCAACUCGCCUACAUUCCGUGCCACUUCGUCAGGAGGCAGGACACCGAAGUCGAACGUUGAGCUAUCCACGAACUAUCGAAGAGAACCGUCUAGUCAAUGGGGUCCCAAGAGCAAGUUCCCGCCCCGAGAGUCUGGGACAUGGCAACAGGGGCUCCUCGAGGCGGCCGAUGGUUGGCGCGGCUCAAUAACGGCCAGUCGGCUUGCGACAGAGAAUUAUCGACGCACUCUGCCAUGUCCCGAGCGGCGGGCCCUCCUUACCGCCAGUCUGGCCCCGGACGCGGAUUGCCAAGCCAGGGCGUCGGGACCCGUUGCGGCCAGUUCGGGAGCUGGCACCGCACCGACAUGGAUAUAUCUUCGGCUUCGUGCAGACAGUGGGCCUAUGUUCAGAUGGCACAUAAUGCUCGAACAAAAGCAGGCCAACCGAGCAGACCGCGUCAUUGGCCACCCAACCUCGCCAUACGGUGGUCUCGUGCCACUCCUAAGCGUUCGUGCGACUACGGCACAGAUCUCAAGCAACGGCGUCACCGUCGUCCUCACGUGGGUGUAUUUGAAAUUCGUGCACAAGUACCAGCCUGUUCCGUCCCACUAA